AUGUCGAAGCGCAGGCGUAACAAUUGUCAAUCGGUUGACGAUUUGCGAAAAGAUGUCAACGAGGAACUACAUCAAGAAUAUGUGGCGUCGAGGAUAUUAAGUGAUAUCGAAUCUAUUAAUUUGAAAGUCUGCAAUGAUCUAAAUGUUGAUGUAAUUCUGUUUGUUCUUGUUUUGAAAUAUGGGUUGUCACUUGUGUGCUCUAUUGCCAAUGUUGCGUCUUCUUUGCUUGUACUCCCCGUGAAUGUACGUAAAGAAGUGUUGGCUUUGGUAUGUCCCAAUUUAGAAGAAGAAGAUGGAAAUGUUCUUUUACAGUCCGCUUCUAAAUUAAAAGUUCCUACCAGUAAAGUUCAGGUACACGAUCUUUCUGGAACUACCGAUGGAGUGAAAGUUUCGCUUAGAUGCAAUCGCUGUAAUUUGCUUUAUGGAUAUUCCAAGUACGGUAAUGGGAAAGAUGGCUGGAUGUUAUAUCCCGAACAAAGAAAAAUGAUCGAGGCUACGGAUCUCUGUUUUGUUGAUUCAACUUUGCUUCAGUGGCAGCUGUCACUCGCUUGUCAUUCGUGGGUAUCAUUUAACGGUUUUUCUGAAGCGUUUAAUGAAGUAUACAAUGGCAAUUUUGGAGAGAAACAAGUUGCUGCUUCAUUUUGGGUCGGCGAGAUGGAGAAUGAGUUGAGGGAAUUGGGGCAACUGGACUUUUUUGGUUUGCUUAAAGAAGAUGGGGACUCUUCUAGGUUCUAGAACAAAUCGACAAAAUUAGGGCGAGAAGUUUGUACGAGCAUACAUCAGAUGAUUGUUCUGAUACUUGCAAAGAGCGCGGUAAGUUAGAUGCAAUUGUAUUUUAAAAUUAGUUUAAAAGCUAUAAAUAUAUUCUAUUGGAAAAUAGCUGUGAUUCUCAUCAGGCUAAGAUAUUUUCGUAAUCAAACUUAUAGGAUGUGGAAGGCUAUGGGUUGCCGAUGGAAUAUGGAAA